UUUGUGGUGCCAUCUUCUCGCAAGCUAGUUUGAAAUGAUCCACGAGAAUGAGAAAAGUAAGUCCAGAGUCUUCAACAGCCAAGCAGUGAUUAUUGACAAUGGAUCUGGAUUGUGCAAGGCCGGGGUCUCGGGAGAAGUCGGCCCGCGGCAUGUCAUUGCUUCCGUCCUUGGGUGCCACAAAAGCAAAUUAUCCCUCUCCAAAACCAAGCAAAAGGAAUGCUAUGUAGGAGAUGAGGCCCAAGACAGGCGAGAAGUGUUGUCGUUAAGAUACCCUAUCGAGAGCGGCAUCAUCACUUCAUGGGAUGACAUGGAGAAGAUCUGGAAGCACAUCUAUGACAAAGGGUUGGGAAUCAAAGCAUUUGAGAGGCCUUUGCUAAUGACGGAGGCGCCUCUAAAUCCCAAGGAAGAUCGAGCCAAACUCACUCAGCUGAUGUUUGAACACUUCAAGGUGCCUGCCUUUUACCUCUCUGUCCAGGCCAUACUAUCUCUCUAUGCUUCAGCCCGUUAUACUGGUAUGGUGAUGGACAGUGGUUUUGGGGUCACCCACGCAGUUCCAGUUUAUGAGGGGUAUUGUUUGCCCCACGCCGUCACCAGGUUGGAUAUUGGCGGCAGAGACAUCACCGAGUUCUUGAGGGAAUUGCUUCUGGAAAACAGGCAAUACUUCAGAAAUUUCCCCGAAGGGAACAACAUUGUGGAAGACAUCAAAGUGAAGUUGUGCUUCGUAGCCUUGGAUGCCCACCAUGAGCAGAACAAGAGGUCCGAGGACUUCCCAAAGGAGUAUGAACUUCCCGAUGGCAACAGGAUCAAAAUCGGUGAUGCUCUCUUCUUAGCUCCAGAGAUCCUUUUCACGCCCAGUAACAUUAAGAGAAGUGGGCAAGGCGUCCACAAAAUGAUUGCCAAGAGCAUCAAAAAAUGUGACCCCACCAUCCGCAGCAUGCUCUACAGCAACGUGUUGCUUUCAGGAGGUUCCUCUCUCUUUCCAGGAUUAGACGAGAGGGUCUUUAAAGGGCUCGAAGCUCAAGUCCCUCAAGGGGUUCCCAUAAAGGUCAUAGCACCCCCAGAUCGGUGGUUCUCAACAUGGAUUGGGGGCUCCAUCAUUACGUCCCUGAGCAGCUUCAAGCAAACAUGGGUCACUGCUUCUGACUACAGAGAGUUUGGACCAAAUGUUGUCCAGAGAAGGUGCUAUUAAGGAGGACUUGGGAUUUUGCAUGACAUACUAUACCUGUAAACAACCAUCAACAGCUACAGCUACUUUAAAGCAAUGCAUUCACCUCUUUCAGAGGGUGAAAUAAAAAUGCCUUUGCAGGUUCUAACAAGUCA